AUGGCCCGGAGGUACAAUGAGCUGUCCCACUACCCUGGCAUUGUGGACGGUCCUGCAGCCCUGGCUGGCUUCACAGAAGCCACGAGAGCCCCCGGGCCCUAUGGCUCCCACCGGCCUCCCCAGGCCCCACCCCCAGGUGUGGACAAUGACGGCUUGAAGAGAGAGAAGGAUGAAAUUUAUGGACACCCUCUCUUCCCCCUACUGGCCCUAGUCUUUGAGAAGUGUGAACUGGCUACAUGCUCACCCCGUGAUGGGGCCGGGGCUGGGCUGGGCACACCCCCCGGUGGGGACGUCUGUUCAUCCGAUUCCUUCAAUGAAGACAUUGCUGCCUUCGCCAAGCAGGUCCGUUCCGAGAGGCCCCUCUUCUCCUCCAACCCAGAGCUGGACAACCUGAUGAUACAGGCCAUUCAGGUGCUCCGGUUCCAUCUUCUGGAGUUGGAGAAGGUCCAUGACCUGUGCGACAACUUCUGUCACCGCUACAUCACCUGCCUCAAGGGAAAGAUGCCCAUCGAUCUGGUCAUCGAGGAUCGGGAUGGCAGCUGCAGGGAGGACCUCGAGGACUACCCAGCUUCCUGCCCCAGCCUCUCAGACCAGAAUAAUACAUGGAUUCGAGACCCUGAGGACAGCGGGUCUAUACAUUUGGGGACCCCGGGUCCAUCCAGUGGGGGCCUGGCCUCCCAGAGUGGGGACAACUCCAGCGACCAAGGAGAUGGACUCGAUACAAGCGUGGCCUCUCCCAGCUCUGGGGGAGAGGACGAAGAGUUGGACCAGGAGCGGCGGAGGAACAAGAAGAGGGGUAUCUUCCCCAAGGUGGCCACCAACAUCAUGAGAGCCUGGUUGUUCCAGCAUCUCUCGCACCCGUACCCCUCGGAGGAGCAGAAGAAACAGCUGGCGCAAGACACGGGGCUCACUAUCCUGCAGGUGAACAACUGGUUCAUUAACGCCCGGAGACGCAUUGUACAACCAAUGAUUGAUCAAUCCAACCGCACAGGCAGCCUGGGGCUCAGUCUGUACCCCUCAAUUCCCGUCACAGGGCAGGGUGCAGCCUUCAGCCCAGAAGGCCAACCCGUGGGGGGCUACACAGAGACUCAGCCACAUGUGACCAGCAGGCCCCCAGGAUCGGUGGGGAUGAGUUUGAACAUAGAAGGAGAGUGGCAUUAUCUCUAG